GGUUCUCCUUUACUCUCAACCAGCAGGCUCACCAUUUCUCUUCCUAUCCUUAAAACAAGAUAUGGUGUCCCGGAGAUCCAAGCGCCGCUGGCUUUGAUUCCGAAAAAAUCGUGGAGGUGUAAGAGCAGCAUAGCACCAUAAGCUAGCUAGCUUUUCGUGGGAAGAACUGGCUGAUGAGCUCCAACCGAGAUUGGAGGAGGACUCGACGAGUGAAACAGAAUGGUUGAAAGCGGCGUUGGUCGGAGAAUCCAACCAGUUUCAAGUCAUUUGAGACCACGAGCACAUCGAUGGAGAGAGAUGCCCUCGGACAUUUGAGCUACUCCUAGAUACCAAUUGAGGAAUGACAAGAAUUGAGGACGUGCUAAUGUAAACUGGUUGUCUUUGUCGUCAAUUUCACUUUGAAGUGCAUGAUACGAUGAGCAAAUAAUGGGAAGUGUUGUGAUUGAGGAAGUGUUUCGCCAUGAAGCGGUUCUUGGGGUUGUAUUUGACGAUAGUGCUAAUGUUGUCAUGGCAUGGGAUGUUAUUGAUCUUACCCCAGGAUCGCAAGUUUCACACCCCAAACAUCCAAAGCGACCAUCCAUUGUACCCUUCCAAUUGGACCCUCAUCAACUUGACGGAUUUUAGGUUCACCAUCAACACGCCAUGCGAAAUCGCAAAUUAUCCUCCUUGGAAAUUGGUGUUGAUUGUGACGUCCAACGCUCGAGACUUCCAAGCUCGAACCGCCCAAAGAGACGCCUAUCCAACUCAUUUGUUGCGGUCCCACCGGAUCCAUCGUGUCUUCUUGUUGGCUCAAGAUCACGAAGUGGACCAAGACGUCAUCAAUCGGGAGCAAUUCGACUUCCAAGAUUUGGUACAAGGAAAUUUCCAUGAGAGUUACCGGAACCUCUCCUAUAAGCACAUUAUGGGCUUACAAUGGGCUUCCCAUUUCUGCAGUCACGCCAGAUAUGUUCUCAAAAUGGAUGACGAUAUCAUGGUUGAUCUCUUCCAAUGGAUACAUAAAUUGGACGAGCAAUACCCCCAAUUGGACGGUCAAAUGCUCGGAUACAAACAAAUGGGCCUGACUCCACAACGAGACCUGAAAAGUAAAUGGUACGUUUCCCGGGAGGAGUUCAGAGACAAUAUCUACCCGGACUUUAUGUCUGGAUGGGCGUACGUGACUAGUCCGAAAACCGCUUUGAACCUCGUCCAACAAUCGCAAGAAACCAAAUUUAAUUGGAUCGAUGACCUGUGGGUGAGCGGGAUCCUUGGGAAACAAAUCAAUGUCACGCUGUUGACUUUCAAUUCAUACUUCACCGUCCAUAAGGGCCACGCCCAAUGCUGCUUAGACGACCCAACUUACUUGUGUGACUUCGCCAUAGCUCCUUCCAUGGAUGAUUGGGAUAUGAUCAAACGAUUUGGCCAUCUGGCCACUACCUGUGAUAGAAAGCAAUGCUCAAGACGACCUUGGGCCAAGGCUGUGAUUCAAAACUGCAUUAACUCCAAUGACCCUCUUUCAAUACCCAAUUCGCAAGGGGUGGGAGAGGUCUUUGUCGUUCCGAAUAAAUUGCGAUAAAGACAUCCAAUAAAUACGUAUAUUUCAAGAUGUACAACAAACAGUCCUGAGCUACCUUGAGUUCUCGAUAGCAAUCAACCAUUUCCGUG